AUGCAAAAAAAUUAUUAUAGAUCAAAGAAGAAGUGUUAAUGGACAUUCAAGUUGGAUAACAACAAACACAUAUUGGAAUUGGAGUUCUCUAUUCUGAGUGGAAAAAGAAAAUUAAUUUUAGAUGGCAGAGUACUUCAUGAAAGCAUGAUGCUCUCUUCCUAGUUUUAAUACCCCUUUACUCUUGAAGGGUUUGCAUUAAACAUUCUUCAGCAAGGGAACACAUUUGAAUUGAGAAUUAACAAUAAGGACUUCUCUCAUCUCUACAACCAAAGUAAUUAGCUCUUCUUCCCCACUAGUAAAAACUAAUGA